GGGAAGUCGUGGCGGCGGCGGCGGUGGCUGCAGGGACAGCAGCGGCGGCGGUGGUAGGGACAGCGGGAGCAGCGGUGCUGUCAGUUAGGCCGUCGGAGAAAUGGGAGACCCAGGGUCGGAGAUAAUAGAAUCUGUCCUUCCAGCUGAGCCUGAGGCACCUGAGUCAACAGCGGAUGAAAAUGAAGAUGAUAUUCAGUUUGUUAGUGAGGGACCAUUAAGACCUGUUCUUGAAUACAUUGACCUGGUCAGCAGCGAUGAUGAAGAGCCUAGUACCUCUCAUAGUGAUGAGCAUGUUAAGCAUAAAGAUUAUAUUGAAAAUCAACAAGAUAAAGUUGCCCUAACUCUGGCUCGUCUAGCCCGCCAUGUCGAAGAGGAGAAACAGCAGAAAGAAGAGAAGAAUAGAGCGUUUCGGGAAAAAGUUGAUUUUCAGCACGCUCAUGGGUUACAAGAAUUGGAAUUUAUCCGAGGACAUUCUGAUACAGAAGCAGCAAGACUGUGUGUGGACCAGUGGCUGAAAAUGCCAGGACUCAAAACAGGCACCAUUAAUUCUGGAACCAAAAGUUCAUUCCGAAGAGGAGGCCAGAUGCGGGUGUCUGGGAAACCAAUCUCAUGUCCCAUAAUGCACUGCAACAGGGAGUUUGACAACGGGCACCUUCUCUUAGGACAUCUGAAAAGGUUUGAUCACUCUCCAUGUGAUCCAACAAUUACACUACACGGACCUUUCAUCAAUUCUUUUGCUUGUGUAGUAUGUUAUAAAAAAUUUGUUACUCAACAGCAAUAUAGGGAUCACCUUUUUGCUAAGGAAGCUGCAGAUGAUGGACAUAAGAACAACCUUCCUCCCCAGGUUAUUCAGUGUUUUGCGUGUCCAAAUUGCUUCCUUCUUUUCAGCAGCAAGGAUGAGUGUUUGAAGCAUAUGUCUGGAAAGAAUCAUUUCCUUCAGAUUUUUAAACUGGGCGAUGACAAGGGAAUAGCACAUCCAAUAUCAUUUCCAUCUUUUGCAAAGAAACUUUUGAUUGAUCUCUGCAAAGAUGUUCCAUUUCAAGUCAAGUGUGUGGCCUGCCACCAGACACUUCGUUCCCACAUGGAGCUCACUGCCCAUUUCAGAGUUCGUUGUCGAAAUGCUGGUCCUGUAGCAGUAGCUGAGAAGAGUAUUGCCCAGGUUGCAGAGAAAUUCAUAUUAAGAGGUUAUUGUCCAAAUUGCAACAGAGUCUUUGUGGAUGAAGCCAGUACCCGGAAUCACAAGCAGAAUUCAGGACACAAAGUACAAAUCAUUACUUCAAUGGAAGAAUCGGUUUUACUUUAUUGCCACAGCAAUCAAGGGAACAAACCUCCUUCAGACUUGCAUCUAUUGUUAGAUCAAUCAAAAUUUUCAUCACUUAAAAGAACUAUGUCUAUUAAAGAAUCUAGCACACAGGAUUACAGCACCAUUCCAAAAAAGAAGAUUAAUUUAAAGAAUGAAAGCCGUGAUGGUAUAGUUUGUGUCCAGAAAGAAAAAUCAACAAUUAAAACCUGGUUUUGUGAAUGCCAUCAACGAUUCCCAAGUGAAGAUGCAGUAGAAAAGCAUGUUUUCUCAGCAAACACAAUGUGUUACAAGUGUAUGGUCUGUGGAAAGGUGUGUGAAGAUUCAGGGGUCAUCCGUUUACACAUGAGUCGUAUUCAUGGAGGAGCACAUUUAAAUAACUUUCUUUUCUGGUGUCGGACAUGCAAAAAGGAAUUAAUACGGAAAGAGACUAUCAUGGCACAUGUGACUGAAUUUCAUACUGGACACAGAUUUUUUUAUGAGACGGAUGAGGUAGGAGGUGAAACUUUACCAUCAUCUUCUGCAACACCGGGGACUAACUCGACUACUAAGAAACCUUCUUCAACUAUUACUAUUAUUGAUCAUUCCCCAGCAAGCAACCCUCCAAGGGGCAAAUGGCAAUGCCGAAUUUGUGAAGAUAUGUUUGAUUCCCAGGAAUGUGUCAAACAGCACUGCAUGUCUUUGGCAAGUCACCAGUUUCAUAGAUAUAGCUGUGCCCAUUGCAAAAAGACUUUUCACAAGAUAGAAACAUUGUACCGACAUUGCCGAGAUGAGCAUGGCAAUGAGAUAAAGAUUAAAUACUUCUGUGGGCUUUGUGAUCUUAUCUUUAAUGUGGAAGAAGCCUUCUUGAUUCAUUACAAGGAGCGCCAUAGCACAGAUUAUGUGUUUGUGUCAGAAAAAAUUGAAACUUCAAUUAAAACUGAGGAUGAUUUUCCAGUUUUAGAGACCAGCAACCUGUUAACCUGUGGUUGCCGUGAGAGUUAUGUCUGUAAGAUCAACAGAAAGGAAGAUUAUAGUAGAUGUCUCCAAAUCAUGCUGGAUAAAGGUAAACUAUGGUAUCGCUGCAGUUUGUGUUCAGCAACAGCACAGAAUUUAGCAGACAUGAAAACUCAUAUCCAUCAAGUGCACAGAGAAGAAAAGAGUGAUGAGGAGGAGCAGCAGUAUGUAAUCAAGUGUGGCACCUGCACCAAAGCAUUUCAUGAUCCUGAGAGUGCUCAGCAGCACUUCCAUAGAAAACAUUGCUUCUUACAGAAACCCAGCGUAGCUCAUUUUGGAUCUGAAAAAGCAAGCCUGUACAAGUUUACUGCCAGUGCCUCACCUACCGAGAGAAAACCGAAACAGGUGGUAAGCUAUCCAAAAAAUUCAGACAUGGAGAAAGGAGCUGAGAAAGACCUAAGCUGUCAGAAUAUAGAUGAAGAAGCUGUCGAGCUUCCAGAUUUGGAUUACCUACGAACCAUGACUCAUAUAGUCUUUGUAGAUUUUGAUAACUGGUCAAACUUUUUUGGCCAUUUACCAGGACAUCUUAACCAAGGAACAUUUAUUUGGGGCUUCCAAGGAGGAAAUACCAAUUGGAAGCCUCCACUCAACUGUAAGAUCUUUAAUUACCUGAACAGAAUUGGAUGUUUCUUCCUUCAUCCUCGCUGUAGUAAAAGAAAAGAUGCUGCUGAUUUUGCCAUAUGUAUGCAUGCUGGCCGUCUGGAUGAACAACUACCCAAGCAAAUUCCUUUCACCAUCCUCUCAGGAGAUCAAGGUUUUCUGGAGCUUGAGAAUCAAUUUAAGAAGACUCAGAGGCCAGCUCACAUACUAAACCCUCACCACUUAGAGGGAGAUAUGAUGUGUGCCUUGUUAAAUAGCAUAUCUGAUACCACCAAAGAAUCUGACAGUGAUGAUAACCUGGGUAUAAAAAGUACUUCAAUAGGAGAAGAAUUCAAAUCCACAGAAGACAAGUAAAGACCCAGAGUUGUAUCUUAGAUGACCACUUGCAAGUUUCUAAGACCCCAGAUGCUACUCACCAAACGUGGAUGUAGAAUAUUAUCUUUGUGAACUGUGUUAUGCUAGUUGACUAAGUUGUCCCCCAAGACUAUGAUCAUAAGCCUUCUGACCCAAUGAACAAAUUCCGCAAGUACUUUGGAUAUGUCUAGGAAGCCUCUGUAACUAUGCCCGCUAUGUGUUUCGUCAGGUAUGUGGAUAUAUGUGCAGCACGCACAAAUGUGUUUAUACAUACGCUUACAGAUACGCCUGUACAUGCACAUGUAUUUCCUCGCAUAUGCCUUCCUAGACAUGUAUAUGCAUCCACAUCUACUUACAUAAAUAUACACGAUGUUUGGUUGUUUUUACUGUUGUUACAAAAUUGUAUAUGUUACAGCAUUUGCCGAAAUUGUUCCUUUCUUUUGUGUACUUCUUAGUGUCUUUAUUUACCUUGGUCAGGUUGUGCUGAUCUCACCCAUUUUUGGGAUUGCCUUUCCCAUCAGCAGCAGUAACAAGUGUUUACUAUCUAGAAGGUGAUUCCCCCUCCCUCUCCCUCCUAUCCCUGGUAGCCAUUAAAGAACUUUGCUUUCUGCAUGUAUAUCCAUUCUUGACUUUUUAUAAUAAUGGGACAAUACAAUAUUUGCCUUUUAGUGAUUGACUUAUUUCACUCAGCAUAAUGACCUCCAGAUUCAUCUGUGUGAUGUUUUGUGGACUCCUUAUUAUUCUUUAUAGUUGUAUCAUUUUCCAUCUUCAUGCUAUUGUGAAUAAUGCUACAGUGAACAUAGAUGUGCAUAUGUCUAUUCGUGUUACUGCUCUUCUGUCUCUCAGACAUACACGUACGAGUGGGAUUGCUGGAUCAUAAGAUAUUUCUAGCUUUUUUUAGGAAGCACCGUACUGUUUUCCACAGUGGUUGUACCAUUUUACAGUAUCACCAGCCAUGUUUAAGAGUUCCAGUCCCUACUCCCACAACCUUGCCAGCAUUUGUUUUGUUUUUUUGAUGAUUGCUAUUUUUGCAGGGGUGAGAUGUUAUUUCAUUUUAGUUUUGAUUUGCGUUUCUGUAAUGGCUUAUGAUCGAGUGCAUCUUUUCAUGUAUUUGUCAGCUGCCUGAAUGUUCUCUUUGGUGUCUGUUCAUGUCUUUUGCCCAUUUUUUGAUUGGAUUAUUCUUUUGUUGUUGAGCUGUUGAAGUUUUGUAUAUAUUUUAGAGAUUAGAACCUUAUCAGAUAUGUCAUGUGCAAAGAUUUUUUCCAGUCUGUAGGUUCUCUUUGGUAAACACUUUUGAUGAGCAUAAGCAUUUACUUUUUAGGAGGUCCCAGUUAUCUAAUUUAUCUUGUAUCAUUCAUGCAUUUUUAGUUUGCUUGAGAGACCAUGCCAAAAAUUAGGCCCCCUAGUUUUGACCAUAUGUUGUCUUCCAGGAACUUUAAAGUUUUAGCUUUAAUAUUUAGAUCUUUGAUCCCUUUUGAGUUAGUUUUUAUGUGUGGUGUUGAGGUAUGGAUCCUGAUUCAUUUUUCUGCAUAUGAAUAUCCAGCUUUGCCAGCACCAUUUGUUAAAGAGAAUGUUUCUUCCCCAUUGAAUAGACUUUGACCCUUUGUCAAAGAUCAGCUGCCCCCCGUUGUUGUUGUCAGGCAUCGUCGAGUCGGUUCUGACUCAUUCCAACCCUGUAGGACAGGAUGGAACUGCCCCAUAGGGUUUCCAAAGAGCAGCUGGUGGAUUCCAACUGAUGACCUUUUGGUUAGCAGCUGAGCUCUUAACCACAGUACCACCAGGGCUCACAGCUGCCCAUAGAUGGAUGGAUUUACUUCUGGGUUCUCAAUUCUGUUCCUUUGGUCUAUGUAUCUUUCAUUGAACCUGUUCUAGGCUGUUUUGAUUACCGUGGCUGUAUAGUAAGUUUUGAGAUCGGUAAGUGUGAGUCUUCCUACUUUGUUCUUCAGUAUUGCUGUAGCUACUCAGGGCCUCUUUCCUUUUCAUUUACAGUUGGAGAUGAAUUUUUCCAUUUCACUUAAGAAUGUUGUUGGGAUUUGGUUUGGGAUUGUAUUAUAUCUAUAGAUCACUUUUGGUAGUAUUGACAAUUUCACAGUGUUAAAUGUUCCAGUUCAUGACCAUGGAAUGUUUUCCUAUUUAUGUAGAUCUCUUUUAGUUUCUUGCAGCAGUGUUUUAUAGCUUUCCUUGUAUAAGUCUUUUAUGUCCCUGGUUAGGUUUAUUCCUAGGUAUUUUAUCUUUUGGGGGCUAUUGUAAAUGGUAUUAAUUUCUUGGUUUCUUUUUCAGAAUCCUCCUUGUUAGUGUAGAGUAACCUAACUGAUUUUUGUGUGUUGAUCUUGUACCCCGCCACUUUGCUGAAUCCUUCUGUUAGCUCCAGUAACUUUCUUUUGCAGUCUCUGAGAUUUUCUAUGUACAGGAUCAUGUCAUGUGCAAAUGGAUAGUUUUACUUCUUUCUUUCCAGUUUGUUGUUGUUGUUGUUAGGUGCCGUCAAGUGGGUUCCGACUCAUAGCGACCCCAUGUACCACAGAACGAAACACUGCCCAGUCCUGCUCCAUGCUCACAAUCAUUGUUGUGCUUGACUCCAUUGUUACAGCCACUGUGUCAACCAAAUCAUUUGGGUCUUCCUCUUUUCUGCUGACUCUGUACUUUACCAAGCAUGAUGUCCUUCUCUAGGCACUGAUCCCUCCUGACAUGUCCAAAGUAUAUAAGACGCAGUCUUGCUAUCCUUGCUUCUAAGGAGCAUUCUGGUUGUACUUCUUCCAAGACAGAUUUUUUCAUUCUUUUGGCAGUCCAUGGUAUAUUCAAUAUUCUUGGCCAACACCACAAUUCAAAGACGUCAAUUCUUCUUUGGUCUUCCUUAUUCAUUGUCCAGCUUUUGCAUGCAUGUGAGACGAUUGAAAACAAUGGCUUGGGUCAGGCUCACCUUAGUCUUCAAGGUGACAUCUUUGCUUUAAACACUUUAAAGAGGUCCUUUGCGCAAAUUUGCCCAAUGCAAUGUGUCUUGAUUUCUUGACUGCCACUUCCAUGGCUGUUGAUUGUGGAUCCAAGUAAAAUGAAAUCCUUGACAACUUCAAUCUUUUCUCCAUUUGUCAUGAUGUUGCUUAUUGGUACAGUUGUGAGGAUUUUUGUUUUCUUUAUGUAGAAGUGUAAUCCAUACUGAAGGCUGUGGUCUUUGAUCUUCAUCAGUAAGUGCUUCAACUGCUCUUCAUUUGCAGCAAGCAAGGUUGUGUCAUCUAUGUAACACAGGUUGUUAAUGAGCCUUCCUCCAAUCCUUAUGCCCCGUUCUUCAUAUAGGCCAGCUUCUCCAAUUAUUUGCUCAGCAUACAGACUGAAUAAGUAAGGUGGAAGGAUACAACCCUGAUGCACACCUUUCCUGACAUUAAACCACACAGUAUCCCCUUGUUCUGUCUGAACAACUGCCUCUUGAUCUAUGUAAAGGUUCCUCAUGAGCACAAUUAAGUGUUCUGGAAUUUCCAUUCUUUGCAAUGUUAUCCAUAGUUUGUUAUGAUCCACACAAUGCAGUGCUUCUGCAUAGUCAGUAAGACACAGGUAAACAUCCUUCUGGUAUUCUCUGCUUUCAGCCAGCAUCCAUCUGACAUCAGCAGUGCUAUCCCUGGUUCCACGUCCUCUUCUGAAUCUGGCCUGAAUUUCUGGGAGUUCCCUGUUGGUAUACUGCUGCAGCCACUUUUGAAUGAUCUUCAGCAAAAUUUUGCUCGCAUGUGAUAUUAACGAUAUUCUUCGAUAAUUUCCGCAUUUGGUCAGAUCACCUUUCUUAGGAAUAGGUAUAAAUAUGAAUCUCUUCCAGUCUAUUGGCCAGGUAGCUGUCUUCCAAAUUUCUUGGCAUAGACAAGUUAGCACUUCCAGCCUUGCAUCCAUUUGUUGAAACAUCUCAAUUGAUAUUCCGUCAAUUCCUGGAGCCUUGUUUUUUGCCAGUGCUUUCGGUGCAGCUUGGACUUCUUUCUUCCGUACCAUCAGUUCCUGAUCAUAUGCUGCCUAUUGAAAUGGUUGAACAUUGACCAAUUGUUUUUGGUAUAAUGACUCUGUGUAUUCCCUCCAUCUUCUUUUGAUGUUUCUGUGUGAUUUAAUAUUUUCCCCAUAGAAUCCUUCAGUAUUGCAACUCGAGGCUUGAAUUUUUUCCUCAGUUCUUUCAGCUUGAGAAAUGCUGAGCAUGUUCUUCCCUUUUGGUUUUCUAUGUCCAGCUCUUUGCACAGAUCAUUAAAUACUUUGUCUUCUCAAGCUGCCCUUUGAAAUCUUCAGUUCUUUUACUUCAUCAUUUGUUCCGUUUGCUUUAGCUGCCCAAUGUUCAAGAGCAAGUUUCAGAGUGUCUUUUGACAUCCAUUUUGGUCUAUUCUUUCUUUCCUGUCUUUUUAAUUACCACUUGCUUUCUUCACGUAUAAUGUCCUUGAUGUCAUUCCACAACUUGUCUGGUCUUCAGUCAUUAGUGUUCAGCGUGUCAAAUCUAUUCUUGAGAUGGUCUCUAAAUUCAGGUUUGAUAUAGUCAAGGUCAUACUUUGGCUCUCCUGGACUUGUUCUAAUUUUCUUCAGUUUCAGGUUGAAUUUGCAUGUGAAUAAUUGAUGGUCCAAUCCACAGUCGGCCCCUGGCUUUGUUCUGACUGAUAAUAUUGAGCUUUUCCAUCAUCUCUUUCCAUAGAUGUAGUCGAUUUGAUUGCUGUGUAUUCUGUCUGAUGAGGUUCGUGUGUAUAGUCGCUGUUUAUAUUGGUGAAAAGUAUAUUUGCUGUGAAGAAGUCAUUGGUCUUGCAAAAUUCUUUCAUGUGAUCUCCAGCAUAGUUUCUGUCACCAAGGCCAUAUUUUCCAACCUCUGAUCCUUCUUUUUUGUUUUCAGUUUUUACAUUCCAAUCACCAGUAAUUAUCAGUGCAUCAAAUUGGUUUCCAAUUUGGGUACCCUUUAUUUCCCUUUCUUGCCUUUUUGCUCUAGCUAGGACUUCCAGUACUAUAUUGAAUAAGGGUGGUAAUAAAGGGCAUCAUUGCCUCGUUCUUGUUCUCAAGGGGAAUGCUCUGAAUCUUUCUCCAUUGAGAAUAGUGUUGUCUGUUGGUUUUGCAUGUAUGCCCUUAAUUAUGUUGAGGGAUUUCCCUUCUAUUCCUAUUUUGCUGAGAAUUUUUAUCAGGAAAGGUGUUGGAUUUUACCAAGUGCCUUUUCUGCAUCAAUUGAGAUGAUCAUGUGAUUCUUUUCCUUUGUUUUAUUUAUGUGGUGAAUUAUGUUGAUUCAUUUUCUAAUGUUGAGUCAUCCUUGCAUCCCUGGUAUGAAUCCCACUUGGUCAUGAUGUAUUAUUUUUUUGAUAGCUGUUAAGUUCUGUUGGCUAGAAUUUUGUUGAGAAUUUUUUGUCUAUUCCUGAGGGAUAUUGGUCUGUAAUUUUCUCUUUUUGUGGUGUCUCUGCCUGGCUUUGGUAUCAGGGUUAAGCUGGCUUCAUAGAAUGUACUAAAAGCAUUCCUUCCUUUUCUAUGUUCUGGAAUAGUUUGAGGGGAGUUGGUGUCAGCUGUUCUCUGAAUAUUUGGUAGAAUUCUCUAGUGAAGCCGUCUGGGCUGCAGCUUUUUUGUUGUUUUGAAUUUUUUAUGACAGCUUCAAUUUCUUUUGUUAUGGGCCUUUUCAGAUUUUCUGCUUAUACUUGCAUUAUCUUAGGUAGGUAGUAUAGGUAGAAAUUUGUUCUAGGUUUUCAGAAUUAUUAGAGUAUAAUUUUUCAUAAUUAUGAUUCUGUCUCAGUUGAUUCUGUUGUAAUGUCACCCAUCCCAUUUCUUAUUUUGGUUAUUUAUAUCUUCUCAUUUUUUUCUUUGUCAAUUUGACCGGUGGUUUGUUAAUUUUAUUGAUCCUUUCAAAGACCAACUGCUAGUCUUGUUGAUUCUAUUGUUUUUCUGUUUCAUUUAUUUCUGCUCUGACCUUUAUUGUUUCCUUUUUUCUGGUAACUGUGGACAUCUUUUGCUGCUCCUUUUCUUUUUGUUUGAGUUGUAGCAUUAAGCUAUUGAUUUGGGCCCAUUCCUCUUUUCUGACAUAUACUUUUAUUGCUAUAAAUUCUCCUCUAAGUACUGCUUUUGCAGUCCCCAAAGUUUUGGUAUGUUGUAAUUUCAUUCUCAUUUGAUUCUAAGAAUUUUUUAAAUUUCACCUUUACUUUCAUAUAUUACCCAAUGGCAUUUAAAUAAGGCGUUACCAGUUUCCAUGUAUUUAUUUUUUUUCCUUAUUCUUUCUGUUUUUGAUUUCUGAUUUUAUAAUGUUGUGAUCAAAGAAGAGGCUUUUCAUUAUCCUGAUUUUUUUAAUUUAUUGAGAUUGCUGUGUGGCCUAAAAUAUGGUCUGUUCUAGAUAAUGAUUUAUGUUCACUGGAGAGGAAUGUGUACUGUGCUGCUCUUAGGUGGUGUAUUCUAUAUAUAUCUAUGAGGUCAAGUUGGUUGGUUGUGUCAUUUAAAUCUUCUGUAUCUCUGUUGAUUUUCUUUCUAGUUGUUUUGUUCGUCAUUAAAAGUGAUAUGCUGAAGUCCCCUACUGUUAUUGUAGAACUGUCUCUUUUUUCAAUUCUGUUAGAGUUUUUUUAAUGUCUUUUGGAGCUCUGUCAUUGGGUGUGUAAAUAUUUAUUAUGGUUAUGUCCUCUUGAUGGAUUGACCCUUUAAUCGUUAUGUAAUGCCCUUCUUUGUCUCUUAUAAUGGAUUUUUGACUUAAAAUCUAUUUUAUCAGACGUUAUUAUUGCCACUCCUGCUCUCUUUUGGUUACUGUUUGCUUGAUAUAUUUUUUCCAUCCUUUGAUUUUUAAGCUAUUUAUGUAUUUGUGUCUAAGAAGUGUCUUUUUAUAGGCAACAUAUUGAUGGGUUAUGUUUUUUUUAAAUCCAGUUUGCCACUUUCUGUCUCUUGGCUGGUGCAUUUAAACCAUUUAUAUUUAGUGUGCUUGUGAAUAGGUAUGAAUUUACUGCUGCCGUUUUGUUAUGCUUCUUUUUUUUUGUGGUGUUUACAGCUUUAUUUUUUCUGGUG